AUGGGUGUGCAUCAUGAAGCCAUGGAGAAGUGGCACUCAUUGAGGAAUUUAGCUACACAAAUUGAGAGAGUUUUCGUGAAACAAACAGCAAAAGAGGUGGAGCAUAAUAACUUUAGGUUGAAUGCUACAAUUGAGAGUGUAAGACUAUUAGCCAACCAAGGACAAGCUUUUAGAGGCCAUGACGAAUCCGAAAGCUCUCGUAAUGCCGGAAAUUUUCAGCAAGUUAGGAAGUCUUAUGCAAGAAUGACUAAUGAUGAUGAUAAAGCUAUAUUGGAGAGUGGCCGUGGAAAUGCCAAGUACACUUGUCCAAUUAUUCAAAAACAGCUUUUGAAUAUUCUUGGUAAUAGAGUGAGGCAAAUGAUUCGCGAAGAAGUUGGUAAUGCAAAAUUUUGCAUUCUUGUUGAUGAAGCAGUUGAUGUAAGUGGUAAAGAGCAAAUAUCCAUUGUUUUGAGGUUUGUUGAUCGUUGUGGUUUAAUACGAGAACGGUUCUUUAAGAUAGUGAGUGAACCUGAGACAACCUCAUUGACUCUUAAAUUGGCUAUUGUUAAAUUUCUUGGUAUGUUUAAUUUGCAAGUGGAAAAUAUCCGUGGUCAAGGAUAUGAUGGAGCCAACAAUAUGAGUGGUAUUUGGAAUGGCUUACAAGCGUUAUUUCUUGAAGAUUGUCUGUAUGCCUACUAUAUUCAUUGUUUUGCUCACAGUUUGCAGCUAGCACUAAAUGGGGCAUCUAAGGGUGUUCUUAAUACUUACCGUUUCUUUUCCACUCUAGUUAUGAUUGUGAAUUUUAUUGAUGCCUCUGCAAAACGUAAGAGUGAAUUAAAAUUUGCACGAGAAAAGGAAAUUCAAGAUUUAGUUGCUCUUGGUACCCUUGAAAUAGGGAAGGGUUUUAACCAAACAAGUACCUUGCAACGGGCAUCUAGUACUCGUUAG